CAUCCACGUCCCAAACUUCCUGUCUGGUUGAGCAGUUUUUCCCCUUCCCAGAUCCUCAUACGUGGCUGCAAGGAGGAGGAAGAGGAGGGAGAGCCAGGCAGCUGCAGCUGGCCCAUUCCUGCCGUCAGCUGCCCGCCGGGAGUGUUGACAGUUUGCGGCGCUAGUCAGCCUCCCUCUCGUCGGCUUGGAUGGCAGGGACACUCCGGUGCGAACCCUGCUUAAGCCACAAGGUAUUUGCCCAGGGAUAAGGCGGGAUUACCGGUUACAAGUGGUCUUUGGUCCGUGGGACGGAUGAAAGCUGAAGGCUGUCACAGGCCCACCUGGGCUGUUGCUGCUCUGUGUAUCAUAGUCAUCCUUUUGAUGCUGACCUCCAAGGGGUCAUUAAGCCAGAAGAUUACACAAACUGCUAUGGCUCAUGCUACAGCCACAGCUGCAAGACCCGGCCCUAACCUCACAGAUGAUCUCCAAGGCCUCCAGGUGCUAGCAGACUUCCUAGCUAGUGAGCGCACCCAUAUUUGGCUCUUGUCCCUUGCGGGAUCAGUUGUUGUAGGCCUCACUGGGAUUUUUCCUCUGCUCAUCAUUCCCAUUGAAGCUGGGGCAGCCCUCAAAACAGAAGCUGGAUGCCAGAAGCUGAAGCAGCUUUUGAGCUUUGCAAUUGGUGGUCUUCUUGGUGAUGUAUUCCUUCACCUCCUCCCUGAAGCAUGGGCACUCUCUGAUUCCUCAGCCCAUAAAGAAAAGCAUUACAUGACGCAGGGCCUCUGGGUAAUUAUUGGCUUGCUGGCCUUCCUUCUCCUGGAGAAGAUGUUCCCAGACCAAGAUGGCCAGAAGGACGCACCAUCUCAUUCAGACCUGAAUUCUAACUCUGCUACACAUUCAAAUUCAGUUUAUAGCGGAAAUACUGUUGUGUUACGUGGAAAUGGGCCACACACUGACUCACAGAAAUCCUCAAAGCAACAGAGUCUGCAGGGAACAUCAGACAAAGUCAAGACAAGUGGCUACCUAAACUUACUGGCCAACUGCAUUGACAACUUCACCCAUGGACUGGCCGUUGCAGGGAGUUUCCUUGUCAGUAAAAAGGUUGGGUUCCUGACGACUUUUGCCAUCUUGCUUCAUGAAAUUCCACAUGAGGUGGGGGACUUUGCCAUUUUGCUGCGAGCUGGAUUCGACCGGUGGAGUGCUGCUCGUCUGCAGCUAUCCACUGCACUAGUUGGUGUCCUGGGCGCCUGUUUCGCAUUGUGUGCUCAAUCACCAGAAGGCACAGAAAAUGCCACUGCUUGGAUACUUCCUUUCACUUCUGGAGGAUUUCUCUACAUUGCCUUGGUGAAUGUGGUUCCUGACCUGCUCGAGGAGUCUAGUUUCAGACACUCUGUUCUCCAGAUCCUGCUCAUUUUCUGCGGUGUGGCUGUUAUGGGUCUUCUGUCUGCUGUUUGAACUUCGAGAAACACUCUUCUUGCCGUAGUAGGAACACUAUGGAGGUCUUAUCUGUUGCCUGACCGCUAACAAUCCAUCUUCAUAGACAGUCAUCAAGCUUUACCUUAAAUACAUGACUAAAAUGGCACUUUAUCAAUCAAUGACAAGACGUUUUUAUUGGACCUUUGACAGUGUGCCAGCCCUAUAUAUAAAAGGAAAUAAGAUAUAUUUUUUAUGGAUUUCUGUUACCAUGUAAAUCUGACAAUCCUGUUUUGCACAUAUAGUUACAGAGGUACAUCCAGUAGGUUUGCAUCUAACCUAAGCAUUGGAUGCAAUUGUAGCAUCUGCAUAUUUAUUAAAAAGAAGACACGCAGCAUACAGUAUGUCACUUUGGCACCUCUGCCACUCCAGCAUUGUCUUUUGUUAGGGAAUAAGUGCCAAUAUUUCUAUUACACUCGUGUUAGAGCUACACCAAAGUACAUGUCAUUUGUGUGUGUGUGUGCCUACAUACCUAUUUUCAUAAUUGCACCUUUUGAGCAGGAUUGUUUCGCUAAAAACAGCUACAGUAUUAUUCAUGAUACUGGUUGGUGUUCUUUUUAUCCCAAAAUGUUCUCAAAGAAAAUAAAACAAUGUAA